CCAUCCCCAAACAUGGCAACGUGCACGCGGACUGUGUGGAAAGUUGUAUCAGGAUGUCAGAGGCAGCUGCUGUCUGCCGGUGUUCCCUCCUACGCUGGAGUCCCACUCAGCACCCUGAGGAGAAUCCCCAACAGGAGCUUCGCCGUCAAGAUACGAAGACAAGACAAGAAAGAGGAAGCAGAGAAGAAGGAGGUGAAGAAAGAGAAGAAGGUCAUCGAUGACUCUGACAGACACAAGCCGUUCGGUAAGACGGCGUGGGCUCCCGUAGACGACGUGUACGUACUGAGGUAUUAUCCCAGGACCAGGUACGCACCAGAGGACGCCGUCCACCUGCUCAAGAACUUCCAGAUGUUGGAUUUCACUCCUCAAAACCAGCCGGUCUACAUCGACCUGAGGCUGGACAUGAAGCUGGAGAAGAAGAAAAGAGUCGACCCCUUUGUGAGCACGGUGCACCUCCCUCACCCCUUCAAAACAGGGACCAACAAAGUUAUAGCUUUCACUGAGGAUGCUGAUCAAGCUAAAGCCGCUCAGGAGAACGGAGCGACGUACGUUGGAGGAGCAGAACU